CUCUUGGCCAGGAGGAUACGCCAAGUUCGUCAAGUUCAGGCGAGGAGGAAAUGUGCAGGAAUUGGUUCUUUGGUGUCUGUGACAAUGAAUGCCACUACGCCCAUAGAAUAAUACCCAGCAAUCGCACCUGCCACCUUUGGCUUUAUAGGAAAAAUUGUACGCGGCAGCAGUGUCCUUUCGCGCACGGGCGUCAGAGUUACAACCGUCCCGUAAGGAAUCAACCACCUGUUCGCGACAGCGACACUCAACACGACAUGCCUAGAGACUCAACCCCACUUGCAUCUUCUGGCACGUCCCGUAGUGCUGAGUCCAUUGCGCCAGUACCUUUGGCAAUGAAAGCCUGCGAUGCACGAGGGCCUUCUCGGGUGGCAUCAAAUAAUGGUUUAUCAGAAUGCACGCGUAAGCUCGAUGGUCCCCGACUUAAAGAAGUUUGUCGUAAUUGGUUGGAUGGUCGGUGCAAGAAUGCUCCGUGCCAUCGCCUGCACGAACGUCCAACCGAUGAUGUGAGUUCCGAUGGUCCCCGACCUAAAGAAGUUUGUCGUAAUUGGUUGGAUGGUCGGUGCAAGAAUGCUCCGUGCCCUCACCUGCACGAACGUCCAGCCGAUGAUAACGCGUCGAAAACGAAUUCUCCGUCGUCCUCAUCGAGCUCGUCAUGUCCGGUUGUCCAAAACACCCAUGUCAAUGACCCACCAGCGCCUCGCAGCCCUCACCCUACACAGAAGACGGUUAUUAGCAACUCUGUUUCACGGAACCCGCCGCCCGGCCUGCCGUCUCCCAUGUUGAAAACGAAUGUUUCGUCAUCAUCCAGCUCUAUUGUCCGAAACACGCAUGUCGAUCGCACACCAGCACCUCGCAAUCCCCAACCUGCACAGAAGACGGUUAUCAGCAACUCUGUUUCACGGAACCCGCCGCCCGGCCUACCGUCUCCCGCGUUGAAAACGAAUGCUCCGACAUCAUCUAGCUCGUCAACUGUGAUUGUCCGAAACAUGCAUGUUGGUGGCGCACUAGCAUCCCGCGAUCCCCACCCUGCACAGAAGACGGUUAUUAGCAACUCUGUUUCACGGAACCCGCCUCCCGGCCUACCGUCUCCCAUGGUGAAAGCGAAUGCUCCGUCAUCUUCCGGCUCGUCACCUGCGAUUGUCCGAAACACGCAUGUCGAUCGCGCAUCAGCGCCCCGUAACCCCAACCCUGCACAAAAGACAGUUACCAGUAACUCUGUUUCACGGAAUCCGCCGCCCGGCAUACCAUCUCCUCCCACACGUCGAAACGACGAUUUUGUCAUACCAGUGACAAUUUCCGAUCAUAUCAUAGUCAAACUACGGAACGGUUUCGAAGUACAGGACGUGACUACGGGAUUCGAAACUCGGUGGGUACACAUUGGAGACGUGUCGCCGUCCACCAAGGAACCCCAAAUUCGCUCCCUUUUGGAGUCCUUCGGCCAAGUGGAUGAGCUAUUUAUUUCGGACGGAAAGGAUGGCAAGCGCUCGGCCAUCAAAGCGCAAUUUUCUACUGCAGCGCAAGCCAUGAAGGCUUCGAUGGAUCUUCAAGGACGGCAAUUCCAGGGCAGGAGACUUACCGCGAAGCUGACUUUGAACACUACCGCCCGCGGUACCACAGUCCUCAGGGAUACCACAGUCCGCAUUACCUGGACUGCGCCCCAGCGGGUAGGGUAUGCAGGGUAUGCGACCCUUGAUGAGGCCAAAGUCGCGAUUGCAACCGCCACUGGAUUUGUGAUGAAGGACAACGUUCUCACAGCGGCCUUGUACGAAGGCCUACCUGCAGUUGGUGCCUACAGCGUCAUGUUUUCUCACCUUCCUUCCGAUGCAGAGAGAAAGGAUUUGGAGCAGUUCGGAAAUGCAGAGUCCAUCGUGUUCGAACGUCCCAAUUAUCAAUCACCCGACAAUGCUCGCCAAACAGUAGUUCGCAUGCUCCGCUCAUGCGGGAAUCUCUCCAACCUUGAUCUAGCUCUUCCUAUCUGGAAGGGUACGGUGCUCGCUUGGGCGACCUUCGAGUCCCACGCGGAUGCCAGCAACGCCAGGGAUUAUCUGGAUGGCCAAUAUCCUCGUGCGAUGGGAGGAAAAAUUUACAUAUCAGCUCGUCAUGUGCAGUCUCUCAACUUUACGUUGCCGUUGAGCCAGUUUAAGAUGCUAGAAGGAGACAUCACUCGCCUUCGGUGGUCGUGGCGCACAAGGUUCCACCAUGACGUGACCAUUGCUGACCGCCUCCCGUCGCCUGAUGGCCCUGUCUACAUCAGGAUCUCUGCCGAAAACUUAAGCAAUCUUGGGAUUGCCAAAGCAGAAUUCGAACAACUUCAACAUGGUGAAGUCGUAACUCUCCAGAAGAAACCCAUAUGGGACAGAUUCUUUGCUCACCCAGCCGGCCAGUCGUUCCUCCGUGAGUUAGAGAGUCGAUAUCCCGGAAUUGUACUACGAACUCGGAUGGGGAAAAUCUUGCUUUUGGGCCCAAUCGGACAGCGUCAACUUGCUCGACGGGAUAUUAUGACGCGGUUCGAAGAGUUGCAGGCGCGACACAGGUGGCCCAUCCCUCUAUCAGGCAAGAUGGUGGGUCCAUUUGUUGGCGCAGACCUCUUGACCCUGCAGAAAUCCCUCGGUCCUGAGAAUUGCUACGUGCAACAGCUCUCGAAUCAGCGCGUUCUUGUCGUACGAGGCAACGAACAGGCUUAUCGCAUCGCCUGUGAGGCGGUAGAGAAGGUACAAAGCCGCUACACGAAUAGCUCCACGCCAUCUCCACAAUCUGUCUGUCCCGUUUGCUUCACUGAAGCAUCAGUCCCGACCCUUCUCAACUGCGGACAUAGUUGGUGUACAUCUUGCCUCGAGGGAUAUCUCAUGUCCGCAGUUGAAAAUAAAACAUUCCCUCUCACCUGCCUUGGCGAUGACGCAUCCUGCACCGAACGCAUCUCACUCCUCCACGCCAAAAAGAUCCUUUCUGGUGAUGAUUUCGCCGCCCUGUGUGAGGCAUCAUUCUGGUCGCACGUCCACGUGCGGACGGACGAGUUCCAUCACUGCCCAACUCCGGACUGCGCACAGGUAUAUCGUGCCACUCCUGCCAGCGCAAUCCUCCAGUGUCCAUCUUGUUUGGUUCGCAUCUGUUCCGGUUGUCAUGCGGAGGCUCAUGAUGGGCUCACCUGUGAAGAGCGGGACGUAGCAGAGGACAAGCUGUUCCAUGAAUGGACAGCCACUCAUGAUGUCAAGAACUGCCCUGGCUGCAAGACUCCUAUAGAACGCAGCGAAGGUUGCAACCACAUGACCUGCACUAGGUGUCAAACGCACAUCUGCUGGGAAUGUCUCGCAACAUUCCCUAAGGGAGACGGUAUUUACGACCACAUGCGACACAAACAUGGUGGAAUUGGGCUAGACUUUCUGUGAUACCCCUUCGCUGACAUAGUUUGCUUUUUCGAUAUUAUUAUGCCUGUUCUUUUCGGCUUGAUUUCGUGUGUCUAGUUGUAUCCCUGUAGCGUUUCGUCUCAUUCCGUCCGUGGCA